AUGUUCAGAAGGAUGGAGAACGAGACAGGAUUCAGUGAGUUCCUCCUGCUUGGCAUCACCAGCGACCUAGGGCAGCAACAAGUCCUCUUCUGGCUCUUCCUGUGUAUGUACCUGGUCACUGUGGCUGGGAACACACUCAUCAUCCUGGUCAUCCGCUCUGAACCACACCUGCACACUCCUAUGUACUUCUUCCUCACCAAUCUCUCUUUCGUUGAUAUCUGCUUCACCACCAAUCUGAUCCCUAAGCUCCUGGUCAACCAUGUGGCAGGAACACGGACCAUCUCUUACCCCUACUGUCUGACUCAGAUGUACUUCCUCAUCUCCUUUGCCAAUGUGGACACCUUUCUGCUGGCUGCCAUGGCACUGGACCGUUACGUUGCCAUCUGCAACCCCCUGCAGUAUUACACCAUCAUUACCCCCCAGCUCUGUGGUAGUCUGGCAGUUCUUGUGUGGGUCUGUUCUGGCUUCAUCUCCCUGGUCCACACGCUCCUCAUGAGUAGACUGACCUUCUGCUCCUCUACCCGGAAGAUCUCACACUUCUACUGUGAUGCUUACCUGCUCAUGAAGAUUGCCUGCUCAGACACACGUGUCAAUCAGCAUGUGUUCCUGGGAGCCAUAGUCCUGUUCAUGGCACCCUUUAUGCUCAUCAUGGUCUCUUACAUCCGCAUAGCCAUCGCUGUCCUCCAGAUUCCAUCUGCCAAAGGGAAGCGCAAGGCAUUUUCCACAUGUGGCUCCCACUUGUCUGUGGUCACUCUGUUCUACGGGACCGUCCUGGGAGUCUACGUACGACCCCCAGACUCAUUCUCAGCCCAGGACACGGUGGCAACCAUCAUGUACACUGUGGUGACUCCCAUGUUGAACCCCUUCAUCUAUAGCCUGAGGAACAAGGAUAUGAAGGAGGCUGUGAGAAAACUCCUCAUCAGGGAUUCAAAAUCCUCUUAG